UUCUGUUUGACGGGUAUUUUUUUUCCCCCUCCUUCCCUGAGACUCUUGAAUGAGUACUAUAGGGCAUAGACCGAGACUUUUGUUUUGAGAACAACUGCUAAUUUUUUUAUGGGUUUGCUUUGCUUUCACUGAACAAAUCUUCGACCUUCUCUUGGGUUAUUAUAAUCAUGUCUUCUGAGAGGUUCUGAAGUUAAUAAUAGUUUUUUGUGUACCGAGUACUCUUUUCGUUCUUCCACCACGUUUGGCUUGGGGUUUUCCGUAUAUCGCUGCCCCUUCUCUUUUUCAGGCACUGAGUAUCCAUGUGGUGUAGGGUAUAAGGGUUCGAUUAUGAGCCCUUGUAUUUGGUCCUUUUGCUCAUCCAAGAUUACCUGGAUCCGUUGCUUCCUGCUCGCCUUGCUAAUCUACGGGAGGGCUGCGCGGGGGACGCUGUGAAGCUCCAAAUUCUGUUUGCAAUUACUCAAAGUUAACGGCUCCUUGGACAUAUUUGCAGUAUCUGGUGGUUAGGCAGCAAUAUUGUCGGUUGAACGGAGAAGAAGAGACUCGAUUCUGUGGUAAUUAUUGUCCCCUUAAGUCGAGCUUUAGUGCACAUCCUGAAUGGGAACCGAUUAUGGUGAAGUAGUGGAGACAUUACCAAAUAUCCGCUCCUUUAAGGUCCAUCGUAAAAUGUGCACAGAGCUAAUGAAAUUAGUUGAUAGAGUCUCUAGGAUAUUCCCAGAUAUUGAGGCAGCACGUCCUCGAUGCUCAUCAGGAAUACAAUCUUUGUGCUUGCUAAACAGUGCGGUUGAGAAGGCCAAACUUCUUCUGCAGCAUUGCAGCGAGGCUAGCAAGCUCUACCUGGCUGUGACUGGUGAUAGGGUACUCUCAAGAUUCCAAAAAGCAAGAAGAUCAUUGGAGCAAAGCUUAGGCCAAGUUCAGAGUAUCGUUCCAGUGAUGUUGGCGGCAGAGAUUUCUCAAAUAAUCGAUGAUCUUGCAUGCAUGACUAUUGUAUUGGAUUCAGCUGAAGAAGAGGCUGGGAGGGUUGUAAAGGAAUUGCUCCAGCAAGGUGCUUCAACCUCAGACUCUAUUGAAAAUUCUGAAAUUAAAGCUCUUCAGUUUGCUGCAGCAAGACUUAAUAUCACAUCCCAUAAAGCCAUCUUAACAGAGAAACGAUCUAUUAAGAAGUUGCUAGAUAAAGUUGGACCAAAUGAGCAGGCAAAACAGAAGAUCUUGAGAUAUCUCUGGUAUCUAUUGAAAAAGCAUGGAAACCUUAUCACAGGAGAACACAUGGAAAUGGUCUAUCCUUAUAGUGAAGGACCGAUUUUAACUGAGAACUGCAGUCAACAUUCUCGACUUAACAAUUAUGUUCAACCAGGAAGAUGCUUUAAUUAUGAGCAGUUUGAAACUCGCAACAGUGAGAUGGGUAGAGCAGAACCACCUGAGGAAUACAAAUGUCCGAUAUCUUCAAGAUUAAUGUAUGAUCCUGUUGUUAUUGCUUCUGGAGCAACAUAUGAAAGAAUGUGGAUACAAAAGUGGUUUGACGAGGGCAAUGAUAUAUGUCCAAAAACCAAGAAGAAACUGUCCCACUUGUCAUUGACUCCGAACACUGUUAUGAAGGACUUAAUAUCUAAGUGGUGCAGAAAUAAUGGGCUCACACUUGCUGAACCACAAAAGAGAGCAAAAGAAUUUCGCUCAUGGGAGGUUUCCUCAACUUCCAUUAGGAGCUUUGGCAGUUCCAUGAAUGAUCUGCACUUGCCAGUAGAUCUUAGCGGCAUGUCACUUGGAUCAUUAGAUUAUAGUCAAGGUUCUGAUUCCUCACAUGCUAGGAACAAUGACUUAAACUUGAUGUUGAAAAAGGCCGCUGAUAAUUCUUGGAGUCAUCUGGUUAAUGUGCAUGUGCAUGACACUGAUCUGAAAAUUUUGUCUAAAUUCCAAGACCUUGAAUGGGAUUCUCAGUGCCAGGCCAUUAAAGAUCUGACAGAUCGUUUGAAGUGCAAUUGCCAAGCUUCUUGUUCUGUGUCUUCUGAAAAUUUUGUUGAACCUCUCAGCAGAUUUUUGAGCAGUGCAUAUGAACAUCAAGAUGUAAAAGCUCUGAGAACUGGAACUCAAUUGUUAAUGGAAUUUGUGAGUAACUGCGGAAAGGAUCUAUCUUAUUUAAGAGAAGAUACAUUUGGUAUGUUGGCUAGUUUUCUUCAUUUAGAAGUGAUAGGUGAAGCUCUUUCCAUAAUGGAAAAACUAUCUGCGAAUCAGCAUAACAAAGCUACAAUUGCAACAUCCAGUGUGCUCACUUCCAUCUUAAAGAUCCUGGACUCUGACAGCAGAGAGUUCCAAGAACAAGCUAUCAGAAUAUUGUAUAAUUUGUCUUUCAACAGUGAAAGUUGCUCCCACAUGGCAUCUCUCGGGUGCAUCCCAAAAUUGAUGCCCUUUUUUAAGGAUCAGGCCCUUUUAAGAUACUGUAUAUGUAUAUUGAAAAGCCUUUGUGAUAUUGAGGUGGGCAGGGUUUCUGUUGCGGGAACUAGCGGAUGCAUAUCUGCAGUUGCUGAGAUAAUUGACACUGGCGGUGUUGAGGAACAGGAGCAUGCACUUUCUGUUUUACUCUCUUUAUGCUCUCAACGCGAAGAUUAUUGUCAGUUGGUCAUGUAUGAGGGUGUUAUCCCUUCUCUUGUCACUAUCUCCGUCAAUGGAAGUGACAAUGGAAAGGCGAGUGCAUUGGAAUUGCUCCGUCUCCUUGGGGAUGUUCGAUAUGAAGAAGAGUCUGUGAAACCUAGAUUUGACACUCAAGAUACUAACGAUCAUCCUCAAGAAAAGAAAUCGUCGAAGACCUCUGAAUUUCUGAAGAAACUAUCACCUUUCUUAAAAAGCAAGAGGUGAAGCUGAAUUCUCAGCAUGGAGAUUGCAGAUUAUGGCUUUGUGGUGGGAUUUUGUCUUGCUUGAUAGCCGAUGGGCUUGUUUAGAAGAAGCCUUCGUCUUUGUAAAUGGGUAGAUUGAUCUUGCCUCUGUCUCUUACUAUUUAUUAAUAUCUCGUAGAAAUUAUUAGGCCCUAAGCAUUCAUUCAAACAAGGGGUCUGCUUUCGGAUUUUUGUAGGGUAACUGCAGGCUGUAUGAUGAUGUAUAGUUCCGUAUUAACAGUGUUUAUCAUGCUUGAUGCAUUCUUUUAGCAUCCUAAGCUAGGGUUUGUAGAAACAGUUAGAAUUAUCUUUUCUCCAGAUAAACAUAAUGGAGAUCGGUCAUAGUUUUUGAACCCCCCUCCCCCCUUUUUUGCGUCUUUAAAUUGUAAAUAUAGUGGACACGACUUUAUUGGAUUGCUGAUUGUAAAACAGACAUCAAAUGGUGUUACAUGA